AUGAAAUUUUCUCACUCGCUUCAGUUUAAUUCUGUCCCAGACUGGGCUGAUCGUUAUAUUGCAUACUCAAAUCUCAAAAAACUCGUCUAUCAGAUUGAAAGAGAUAUAAUAAUAAUAACACCUACUGCCCAAGCAAACGAUGCUGAAGCAAUCGAAGAGUCUCCGUUGUUAGACUUAACAACUCGUGCAAAUGCAAUAUUUAUACCAGCUCUUGACAAAGAACUUACAAAAAUUAACACAUUUUAUCUUUCUAAAGAAAAUGAACUCUUUAAAGAAGUUACCGAUCUUAUUCAAGAUUAUGCCGUAUUUGAAAAUCUUGAAGAUUCAGUGAGCGUCCGCAGCAAUUCAUUUUCUCUAAGUCGGUCUAAUCAUUCAAUGGACAGAACUAAUAGAAAUAGUAUUAGAGCCAGUAGUUCUCGUUUUCAUAGAAUGUCAACUUCAGAAUCCGUUUUUUCAAAUGUUAGUAGUGAUGAGGAUGAUAAUGCACCGAUCAUGAGAGCUGAUGUUGCCUACAAUUCACCUUUGGAUCGAAGAAAUCCCGUUCUAUGGAGACCACCGUCUAUUGAAGAACAAAAAAUACGCUUAAAAAGGCGCACAAUUGAACUUUUCGUUUGGUUAUCUGAACUCAAGUCAUUUGUUUCAUUAAAUAGAACAGGAUUUUCGAAAAUCCUAAAAAAAUAUGACAAGAUAACCAGUGGCAAUCUUAAAGCUUCAUAUUUAAAUAAUGUGGUAAAUGAUGCUUAUGUGUUUAAAGAUUCAACGUUUAAAAACCUGGAAGAACAAAUUCUAAAAGUACAAGAAAUUUAUGCUAAUAUAUGUACUAACGCAAAUAUGGAUGAAGCUAUGCGUGAACUUAAAACCCAUUUAAGGGAAUUCAUAGUUUGGGAAAGAAAUACUGUCUGGAGAGAUAUAAUUGGUUUAGAAAGAAAAUCUCAAGCUGUAGGCAUAAAAGCACCCGUAACAAUAGAUCAUUCAAUUGAAACUAAAGCGAAGAUUAAAACGCCUUUUGGCGGGGUUAUGCCUCUUUUUGUCACGUCGCUUUUAGUUCCAUUACUAGUUGUGUGUUUACGUGUACUACCUUCAGAUGUACUAUCUUCUGAUGUAUCAAAAAAAAUUCCAAUUGCAACUAGAACAGCACACCAUAUUUUUUCAGCAAUGUUUUCACCAGUUAUAAUGUUACUUUUAGGUGGCUUUGCAAUUGCUGCUGCAUUAAGUAAAUAUCAUAUUGCAAAAGUGAUGGCUACAUUUUUGUUGUCAAAAGCUGGAACACGACCAAGCAUUGUUCUUCUUGUUAAUAUGUUUGUUGCAACAUUCUUAAGCAUGUGGAUAAGUAAUGUUGCUGCACCAGUUUUUUCAUUUGGUCGAUGCUUAAUUUUAGGUAUUGCACUGGCAUCCAAUGUUGGUGGUAUGGCAUCUCCCAUAUCAUCACCGCAAAAUAUAAUAGCAAUUGAAUAUAUAAAUCCAUCUCCAACAUGGAGUCAAUGGUUUAUAGUAGCUAUUCCUAUAUGUAUAAUUGUAAACAUUUUAGUUUGGCUUUUAUUACUUUUUAAUUAUAAACCAUCUGAUAAUUCAUUAAUUAUUCAUCCAAUAAGAUUAACAAAAGAUCCAUGGUCUGAAACUCAAAUAUUUGUAAUGGUAGUAACUGGUAUAACUAUUGCAUUAUGGUGUACCGAAAAAACAUUUGAAGUUUUUGAAUCAUUUUUUGGAGAUAUGGGAAUUAUAGCUGUUAUACCAUUAGUUGCAUUUUUUGGUUCUGGAAUUUUAACAAAAGAAGAUUUCAAUAAUUUCUUAUGGACUGUAAUUGUACUUGCAAUGGGUGGUAUAGCUCUUGGUGCUGCUGUACGUGAUUCAGGGUUAUUAAAAACCAUUGCUGAGUCCGUUCAAUCAAUUUCUGGUAAUUUAAAUGUAUGGCAGGCUUUGGCGUUGUUUGGUUCAUUGGUUGUGAUUGUGGCCACAUUUAUUAGUCAUACAGUUGGUGCAUUAAUUAUUUUACCUAUUGUGGCCGAGGUUGGAUUACAUUUGAGCGAUCCACAUCCAAAUUUACUUGUUAUGGGUUCUGCAUUAAUUUGUUCCGUAGCAAUGGGAUUACCAGUAUCCGGUUUUCCAAAUAUGAAUGCUAUAAUGAUGGAAGAUGAAAUGGGAGUACGGUAUCUUAAUACAAUGGAUUUUAUAAAAUCUGGUGUACCGGGAUCGGUGUUAGGUUUGGCGUCCAUAAUUACAGUUGGUUAUGUGUUAAUGAUGCUUAUUGGUUUUUAA